AUGCAAAGAAUAUUUUGUUGUAAUAAAAAUAAAGUUACAACAGCUAAUCGAAUAAUAAAAGCUAAUAAUUCAAUAUAUAAUGAAUUAAAAAAAUUUCCAAAAAAUAGAAUUUCAACAACAAAAUAUAAUAUAAUAACAUUUUUACCAAAAAAUCUUUUUGAACAAUUUCGUCGACUUGCCAAUGCUUUCUUUUUAUUUCUACUUAUUUUAUUAUUUAUUCCACAAAUUAGUUCACUUCAACCAAUUACUACUUUAUUAUCAUUAAUUAUUGUACUAGCUGUUACAGCAAUCAAAGAUGGUGUUGAUGAUUUUGCAAGAUAUCGAAGUGAUAGACAAAUUAAUAAUCGACGAAGUGAUAUUUUAAUUAAUAAAGAACUUAUAAGAAAAUAUUGGAAAGAAAUAAAAGUUGGUGAUAUAAUACGAAUUAAUAAUAAUGAAUUUAUACCUGCUGAUAUGAUAUUAAUUUCAACAAGUGAACCUAAUGGAUUAUGUUUAAUUGAAACAGCUGAUUUAGAUGGUGAAACAAAUUUAAAACCUCGAGAAGCACUUGAAAUAACAAUUAAUCAUCAAAAUGAUUUAGAAAAAUUAUCGAAAUUUGAUGCUGAAAUUGAAUGUGAACUACCGAAUAAUAAUUUUCUUCGAUUUGAAGGUACUUUAAAAUGGAAUGAACAAAUAUAUUCAUUAAAAAAUGAUAAUUUUCUAUUGCGUGGAACACGUUUAAGAAAUACAGAAUGGACUUUUGGAAUUGUAUGUUAUGCUGGUCCAGAUACAAAACUAAUGCAAAAUAGUGAUAAACCAAAAUUUAAACGAACCAAAAUUGAUCAUUGGCUAAAUAAAAUAAUCUUAGGAGUAAAUUAUUUUCUAUAA